AUGGUCCGGCUCAACUCAGCCAUCAUUUUUGACAGAGAUUUCUCUUACAAUUUCUUUGGCUUCAAGACAUUGGAGCGCUCAUAUCUGCUAAAGAUCAAUGGGAAGGUUGCUGAGCGGCCACAACACAUGCUGAUGAGAGUGUCCGUGGGAAUCCAUAAGGAGGACAUUGCGGCAGCUAUAGAAACCUACAAUCUGCUCUCUGAGAAGUGGUUCACUCACGCUUCUCCUACACUCUUCAAUGCCGGCACCAACCGGCCACAGCUCUCCAGUUGCUUCCUGCUUGCUAUGAAAGAUGACAGUAUUGAGGGGAUCUAUGACACCCUGAAGCAGUGUGCCCUCAUUUCUAAGUCUGCCGGAGGUAUCGGGGUGGCAGUGAGCUGCAUUAGAGCUACUGGAAGCUACAUUGCAGGGACUAAUGGCAACUCAAAUGGCCUGGUUCCUAUGCUCCGUGUCUACAACAACACAGCACGCUAUGUGGACCAAGGAGGAAAUAAGAGACCAGGAGCUUUUGCUAUGUACCUGGAGCCCUGGCAUUUUGACAUUUUUGACUUCCUAGAGCUUAAAAAGAAUACUGGUAAAGAGGAACAGCGAGCUAGAGAUCUGUUUUAUGCCCUCUGGAUCCCUGAUCUCUUCAUGAAGCGAGUGGAGACCAAUGCG